AUGGUUCCUGUCAAGACAACUCCGUCUCCACGGCUCAAUGCUGGAGUUCUGAACGAAGUUCUGUUUGCGUCGUAUUUACUGAAGAAGUCCGUGACAAAUUCGGGAUCUGUAACGAAAAGUAAGCCACCAGAAUCCGGGGACUCCUCAUCGAAGCCAGAAGUCACGUCUGCGGAAUCAUCACAUCACUGGUUUUCUAAAGGAAGUGUGCAGCUAUAUUGGUUUGUCCUGAGGCUCAAUCAAUUCAGUUAUUACAAAGACAAGAGUGAACGGAAGGCUAUUAGCGUCGUUCCUGUCGAUGAAAUCUUGGAUUUCAGAGUCGUUCCAGGCGAGUUACGACUGGACAUCUACACGAAGGAUGAGACAAUGGUCCUAAAAGCUGAAACGAAAGAGAUCAUAACACAAUGGCAACUAGCAUUCCAGCAAUUGCGGCUCGCGAGAGACCAAGGGUUGGGGGAAUCUGAGCUUCCGGACGACGUAUUGACAAAAGAAGCCAAGACAUACGACGAUGACGACGAUGACGACGAUGAUGACGACGACUAUGAAAUGGAUUCUGAGCUGCUGGCUGAUAGAAACGACAAGCCUCCGAUAGAUCUUUCUAAAAGCGAGAAACUUCGGGAAGAAGACAAGGCGUUUUUCGCAAUGUACGAUCCUAAGGCACCAGAGCACGUAAUACAAAGUGGUGUCGUUUAUGGGAGAGUGAAAAAAAGACUAGGCAGGAGAACUUGGAAAAGAAUAAACAUGGUUUUGAAUAACCGAUUUUUACUGGUUCAUUCAGUUUCAUCUGGGAAAUUGAAGAAAAAGAUUAAUCUCGACAAAAUUGUAGAUUGUGUCGAACUCGAAGAUCAUAACUGUUACACUUCUUUUGCACUUAUCACCUUUGAUGAAAGACUCAAAUUACGCGCUUUCAAUGAGCGAGACACAGUUGACUGGAUAAUGAACAUCAAGAGCUGUGUCUUGGCAAGAAAAAAGUUGAAAUCAUCUCAAACUUAA